AUGGUAGCCCCGACGCGACUUCUACGCGCGUCAUGGUCGUCCACGCUCCGCCUCCCAAAAUCGACCUUCCCGCCACGUCCAUUGCCCGCGUCCACCGCCGAAUACCUCCGCCGAUGCACCGAUGAGCACUAUGCCUGGCAACAGAGCUCGCGCUCAGCACCCGACACCGAUGGAGAAAAGCCUGCCGCGUUCACGCUACAUGAUGGGCCACCAUACGCCAAUGGACCGCUGCACGUCGGUCAUGCGCUGAACAAGAUCACGAAAGACCUCAUCUGUCGGUUCCAAGUCGGCCAAGGCAAGAAAGUGAGCUACAUCCCGGGCUGGGACUGCCACGGUCUCCCUAUUGAGAUCAAGGCGCUGCAGGCGCAGAAGAAAGAUCUUGCGCAGACGGAUCCUGUAAGCGUGCGGGAGGCGGCGACACAGUUGGCUACAGAGACGGUAGAGAAGCAGAUGAAGGGUUUCAAGGAAUGGGCUGUUAUGGGCGAUUGGGACAAUGCCUACAAGACGAUGGAGAAGGGCUUCGAAAUCCGGCAGUUGGAGGUGUUCAAGAAAAUGUUCGAGGCUGGCCUGAUCUAUCGCCAGUUCAAGCCCGUGUACUGGUCGCCGUCAUCGCGCACUGCACUCGCGGAGGCAGAGCUGGAGUACGAUGAGAACCACAAGUCGUUGGCGGCUUUCGUACGGUUCCCGGUUCAUGUGACGAAGGAGUUGCAGGAGGGCGCCCUCUCGGGCAUUACUGAUCCGGUCAGCGUGGUCAUUUGGACGACGACACCUUGGACUCUCCCUGCGAACCGAGCUAUCGCGGUGCACAACGACAUGCUGUACAGUGUCGUUCAGGAUCCUGAGAACAACAAUGAGAAGGUUAUCAUCGCAACGUCUCGUGUGGAGGAAUACCAGAAGAUGCUUGGUCGUAGUUUGGAAGUUGUUCUCGCUGAAUUGCGUGGGUCAGAUCUAGGGGGCCAGCUUAGCUACGAAAACCCCUUUCAGAAGGCGAAUGGACUGCAGCCGGUUCUUCAUGCGGACUUUGUAACGGACUCCUCUGGGACUGGACUUGUUCAUGUGGCUCCGGGACAUGGUAUGGAGGACUACCACGCCUGUAGCGCACUUGGUAUCGAAGCAUUUGCUCCUGUGGAUGACGCUGGGGCAUUUACGAAAGAAGCUUUUCCUGAGCAACCUGAGCUCCUCGAAGGCUUAGCUGUUUCAAACAUCAAGAAGACUGGUAGCAAUGCUGUUCUCAACUACUUAGACAAGCAAGGUCUGUUGAGAGCGAAGCACAAUUAUCGCCAUAAGUAUCCCAUCGAUUGGAGAACGAAGCAACCAGUCAUUGUGCGAGCAACAGCGCAGUGGUUUGCUAACGUCGACAACAUCAAAGUUGGUGCUAUGACUGCCAUUCAAGACGUCAACUUCAUGCCUGAAACCGGUCGUUCUCGGUUGGAAAGCUUCAUCCAAGGGCGUAGCCAAUGGUGCAUCUCGCGUCAGCGCGCUUGGGGCGUUCCGAUUCCUGCUCUCUACAGAGUUCUCGAAGACGGUCAAUUGGACGCCGCUAUGGACGCAGAGACGAUCCAGCAUAUCAUCAGUGUCAUUGAAGAGCGCGGUAUUAGUGCCUGGUGGACAGAUGCUCAAGACGACCCCGCGUGGAAGCCUCAGCACCUCAAUGGGUCCUAUGUGCGCGGGAGGGACACAAUGGAUGUGUGGUUCGAUAGCGGAACUUCAUGGACAAUGCUUCCUUCUCGAAAUGAUCGGCCUGUCGCUGAUGUGUAUUUCGAAGGCACUGACCAGCAUCGCGGAUGGUUUCAGUCAUCUCUUCUCACACAUGUUGCCACUCAGCCUUUCGAGAGUGGUGCGGCCAAAGCGCCUUACAAGACUCUCAUCACGCAUGGUUUCACGCUCGAUUCAGAUGGUCGAAAGAUGAGCAAGAGUUUGGGUAACGUCAUCGAACCUGCCCAGAUCAUGUCCGGCGAGCUGUUACCUCCAGUCAAGCGGAAGAAACAGAAAGGUGUCAAGGAAGCGGAAUCCAAGGGCGCGGCUCCCACGUACGAUGCUAUGGGAACUGAUGCACUGAGGCUCUGGGUCGCCAGUAGCGACUACAUGAGAGAUGUCACUAUUGGCCAGCCUGUCCUCAUGUCUGUCAACCAAGCUCUACAUAAGUACAGAGUCACCUUCAAGUGGCUUCUCGGCGUGCUGUCUCUGCCAUCCUGUCCACCUCUCUACAGCUCUUUCGGUGAUGUUCGCAACAAGCUCGUUGGACAACAUGAUCUCGGAGCCUCGCAAGCACCACUCCAGAGCCUCGUGGACAGGCUCGCAGUGCAUCGUCUCACCAGAGUAAGCCACGACGUCCACAACUACUACACCAAAUACGAGUUUUUCAAAGGCGUCAAUCUGAUCAACAAAUACAUCACCAACGAUCUCUCUGCCUUCUACUUUGAGACGCUCAAAGACCGCAUCUACACAGGCCGUAGAGCAGACUGCCAGGAACUGCAAAAAGUGAUAGGCCUCAUCUUCUACGAGCUGCUUCAGAUGCUCGCACCUGUCUGCCCACUGCUCGUCGAGGAGGUCUGGGACUACGCGCCCGAUGCGCUCAAGAAGAACAGUAUACACCCCGCCCGAGCGGUUUGGAUACCACUGCCACGCGCAAAGCCAGAAACCCAGAAUUUCCUGACCGAAACGCAAAUAUACAUCGAUCGUAUCAACACAGCUGUAAAGGCAGCGCAAGAGCGCCUUCGCGCCAACAAGAAGCUCGGUUCUUCGCUCGAGUCCGCCGUUGCCAUUCAUUCUGGCGAGGGGCAAUCCUGCCUGUGGUUCGAGAGCCACUUCUCUAAAGCUGUGGGCGGGACUGAGCCGAAUGCUUCGACGGAACACUUGAGUCCUACCCAACGCAAUGAGCUGGCGGGCUUGUUCGUUGUCAGCGGCGUCGAAAUGGGUUGGAGCGCUGAGAAGAGAACAAAGUCCGCGAAAAUGUACGCGGAAGAAGAGGUCUUCGUAGCUGAUGAAGAGAAGGGAUGGAAUGGGACCGUGGUUGUGCAUCAGGCGCUAGCGGAGAAGUGUCCAAGGUGUUGGCGGUAUCAGAAAAAGGAAGAAGAAGAGCUGUGUGGAAGGUGUGAGGAGGUGGUCAAGGAGGAAGCGUAG